UCUGCGGCUUCCGUAGUCCACAUGGAAAUCAAAAUGGCGGCUCCUAUUGACAACGAUCUGAUAGAAAGUGAUUUGCCUAAAGCUGUUCAGUUGCUGAACAGCCUCACAGAGCAGGUGGCGUCAGUGACAGGUCACAUCCGCGAACUCCUAAAGAAAGUCAAAGAUGGAGCUUUUAAAACAUCAAAGGGUUUGUCGUUCUUGGACCUCCGGUAUCACCUGCUGCUCUUCUACCUCCAGGACCUCACUCACCUGAUCAGUGUCAAGACGGAAGGCGGUCCAAUCAAAGACGACGAGGCCUUGAACCGCCUGGUCACCGUCCGGACGGUCCUGGAGAAGAUGCGGCCUUUGGACCAUAAACUGAAAUACCAGAUCGAUAAACUGGUGCGGACGGCGGUCACUGGGAGUUUAGCUGAAAACGAUCCUCUGCAGCUACGUCCAAAUCCAGGGAAUCUCCUCAGCAAACUGAAUGAAUCUGAGUCUGACGACGACACUGAAGCAGCGACAGAGAAGAAAACGUCCCACUCCACCAGCAGGAAAUACGUACCGCCGAAGAUCGCCCCAGUGCAUUAUGACGGAGACGUGACGGAGGCCGACAGGAAGAAGGCCCAGGCUGAGCGCCAGCGCCGCGCCGCCCUCAGGAGCUCCGUCAUCCAGGAGCUGAGGCAGCAGUACAGCGACGCCCCCGAGGAGAUCCGCGACCGCCGCGACUUCCAGAGCGAACGGGAGAGUCGAGACGAGCUGCACAGGAGGAACUACGAGGAGUCGAUGAUGGUGCGUCUGAACGUCACCAAGAGUCAGAAGAACUCCAGGAAGAGAGGCAUGAUGGGAAUGUCGGGCCAGCUGAGCGGCAUCACACACUUCGGUGACAUCACGGCGCUGACGGGCGGCGAUGGCGAACAGCACGGGGAUCAGCAACGACCGAAGAAAAAGAAGAAACUCAUGAAGAAGAAAACAAAGAGAAAAGCUUUCAGGAAGCACAGAUAAACCCAACAGUGUGAAGAUCUGCGUCACUCUACACCAAAAAAAAAAAAAGAACAAAAAACCACAUUUUCUACCACAUCACGGGCUGAAAUAAACUGCUGUCGACUGUUUGUGUUUGUUGUUCUGUGUCUUGUCCAUUAGGGGGCAGUCAUCGCUCUGGUUUCCAAUAAAAACUAUUUGCUCAGCAGUGGAUUAAACACAGGUCGGAGGAUUUUUAAGGACAGUGGCAUCAGGUUCUGUUACAUUAACAGAGAGAAACUAGUUCAUGUCCAUACUUUAACCCACAGAUACAACAAAUAAAACCAGUUUAACAC